ACGCUCGUAUCCUUUCGUCAGAAAAACCCCUUAAACCCCCAACACUAACAUUUCUCUCUCAAGUCUCAACCUCCCCUCUCCCACCUUCGGCCUCUCAGCCUCUCCUCCGGUACAGCCGCGCGCCUCCCAUCGAUCUUCCUCUUCUGUUCACGCUGUCAACGUCGUUGCGGCGUCCGCUGGUCCUGGUUGCUUCUUCGCUCUCCUCCGCGCUUCGUCUGGUCCUCGUCGCUGGGUCCGCUGGUCCAGUCCUUCUGCCGUCCGCUGCUGCUGCUGCUCCUCGCGCGUCCUCAGUCACUGCAGAGGAGAGGGAAGAAACGAGAGGUAAGUGAACCAAAGAUGAGAGAAAUACAACUAUCCUUGAAUCAGACGCAAAAGAUACGACUACAGAAAGCCCUGCAAAAGCUAGAGUCUAUGCAUUCUAAGGCCAAUUCUGAUGCUUCCGUCACUGUCGCCGAUACCAUCCCAAUCAGCCUUGAAGACAACAUUCUCAAAGGACAUGGAACCGCAGAGCGCAAUGGUGAAGUGGUGGCUACUGUUUGUGGAGUGGUGGAGCGUGUUAACAUGCUUGUCUAUGUUCGCGCUUUACGUUCCAGGUACAAGCCAGAGAUUGGAGAUAUCAUAGUUGGCCGUGUUGUUGAGGUUGCUCAAAAGCGUUGGAAAUUGGAAAUAAAUUACAACCAAGAUGCUGUUUUAAUGCUUUCUUCGAUGAACUUGCCUGAUGGUAUUCAGAGGCGGCGAACUGCAGUGGAUGAACUGAACAUGCGUAAUGUUUUCGAGGAGAAUGAUGUUAUCUGUGCUGAAGUUCGUAAUUUUCAGAAUGAUGGGAGUUUACAGCUGCAAGCAAGAAGUCAGAAGUAUGGGAAGCUUGAGAAGGGACAAUUGCUGAAAGUCCCUCCUUAUCUAGUGAAAAGACAAAAACAGCAUUUCCAUCAUCUGGUGCAAUAUGGAGUUGAUUUGAUACUUGGAUGUAAUGGGUUUAUAUGGGUUGGUGAACAUUGUGAUGCCAGAGACAGUCUUCCAGAAGAGCAAUCAAACCAGACUGAUGAACAAACUACCAAAUCCACAAGAGUUUCUGAAACCAUGCCACUGGAGACGAGACAACACAUUUGCAGGGUUGCAAAUGCUGUCCGUGUACUUUCAACUUUGGGAUUCAGUUUAACUUUAGAAGUGAUAAUGGAGGCGUUUAACUUGAGUAGGACUUUGAAUCUUGGUAUAGAUGAGAUGCUUGGGUCAGAGUUCCAUGUUUUGGUAGCAGAGAAAGAGGCUGAACGGCGCAGUUCAUUGACAAAAAAGAAGAGGUGAUUGUAGUUUCCUUUUGUGGUCGAAGAGUUCCUAAGAGUAAUGUAAGUCCCACAUACUGAAAUUGCAUAUGUACUUGUCAGCUGGGAAAGAAUUUUUGGCAUAAUUUACAGAAUUGUUUCUUUAGACUAUAAAAUUUUUGCGAGUCAAUUAUUUAUAUGUUUAUUAGUUUAGCGUAUAUUGGUGUGCCCAAA